AUGGGUUUUGACUCACCAGCUAGAGGAAGAGGAGGCGGCGGAUUCCGUGGCCGCGGAGGUUUCGGAGGUGGCGAUCGUGGACGUUCUCCUGGAGGAUUCCGUGGUGGAGAUCGUGGACGCUCACCGGGUGGAUUCCGCGGUGGAGAUCGUGGACGUUCCCCGGGCGGAUUCCGUGGUGGUCGCGAGGGAUUCGGCGGUGGUGAUCGCGGACGUUCUCCAGGUGGAUUUCGUGGUGGCGACCGUGGAAAAUCGCCAAGUGGUUUUCGUGGUGGGCGCGGCGGUGGUGGAUUCCCAUCGCGAAGAGACGGCGGAGGAUAUUCACCAGGAAACCGCGGAGGAAGAGAUUUCGGUGGCCGCGGAGGUUUUAGCCCGCGAGGAAGAAGCAACUUCACGCCAAGAGGAAACUUCUCCCCGCGUGGCGGCCGCGGAGGAUUCGGAAAUCGUGGUCGCGGCGGUGAAAAUGGCGGAUUCACUCCACGCGGUGAUGGCUUCAACAGCAAGCGAAAAUUCAAUAGAGAGGAAGAUGAGGAGGAGGACGAGGAAGUCGAACAGCAAAAACCAAUCGCCAAAAAGCCCACUCAGAAUACUCCAGCUAAAGGGAAGAAGGCUCCUGUUAAGCAAGACGUUGAGGAAGAUGAAGAGGAUAGCGACGAGGAGGAGAUUCCAUUGAAGAAAGUCAAGGGAUCAUUGAACGCUGCAGUUACGGAGAAUGAUUCUGACGAUGAUGAGGAUAAUGAUGACGAGGAAGAGGAGGAAGAUGAAGAGGAUGAGGAGGUCGAGGAAGAAGAUGAAGAAGAGGAGGAGAAUGAAGAGCCAGCGAAAAAGCCGGCUGCAAAGGCUACCCCAGCGAAAGCUGGAGGACUUUCUUCACUUUCUCAAAUUGCUCAAAAAAUAAAGGAGUCUGCUGAUUCGGAUGACGAUGAGGAAGAGGAUGAAGAAGAUGAGGAGAUUGAAGAAGAAGAAGAGGAAGAAGAUGAAGAGGAGGAGGAAGACGAGGAAGAAACCGAGCCUGUUGUGUCCAAAACUCCAGCACUCAAGAGCGCGUUGAAAGGAGCGGAAUCGGCGGCAAAAAGCAAACAAGUCGAUAUUUCGGCGGCCGCUACCCCACAAACAGCGGCGAAGAAAACUCCAGCCACACCGCAUCCUGCUAAAAGCGCCAAGGGAGACGUAAAAGCUGUGUCGACCCUUCAGUUCUACGAUGAUAGUGAUGAAGAAGAUGAAGACGAAGAAAUUGAUGAGGACGAGGAGGAGGAAGAGGAAGAUAUUGAUGAGAACGCUUUGAGGGCUUCGAUCGCUGAUAAAGUUGCUGCGGCUCAGGAUGAUGAUGAAAGUGAUGAGGACGAAGAGGAGGAAGAAGACGAAGAGGAAGAUGAGGAGGAAGAAGAAGAGGAGGAUGUCCCGGAUUUGAAGACUAAAGAGGAUUUGGUGAAACAAAUUGCUAAGAAUCGAGCUGCUAUUGCUGCUGAAGAUAGUGAUGAAGAGGAGGAUGAAGAGGAGGAAGAAGAAGACGAAGAGGAGGAUGAGGAUGAAGAAGAGGAGGAAGAUGACGAGGAUGAGGAUGUCAAGAAGCCGACUCCUGUCAAGUCUCAACCAGCCAAGGUCGUAGCUACUCCAGCUAAAGCUCAGCCAGCGAAGGCUGUCGCUACUUCAGCUAAAGCUCAGCCAACGAAGGCUGCCGCUACUCCAGCUAAAGCUCAGCCAACGAAGGCUGCCGCUACUCCAGCUAAGGACGGCAAAAGAAAAAUUGAGGAGGCUCCUGUCAAUGCGAAACAGCCCAAACUUGAGGAGAUUAGCACUAUCGUUUCGGAAGAAGAACGCCGACGAAAAGAACGAGACGAGCGAUCGCUGUUCAUUAAGAAUAUUCCGCACAAGUGCAAGGACAACGAGAUUACUUCGCUCUUGACCGGUGUCGAUUCGUUCAGACGAAAGAACAAGGCCAACUUUGGAUGGCUUGUGUUCACCAGCGUUGCUGAAUGCGAGAAGGCUAAGGGGAUUUUGGAGAAGACGAAACUCAGAGGGACCGAUAAGGCGUUGUUUGUUGAUUUUUGCGGAUCGAAAGCGGCGAAAUCUACAAAUAAGCCCACAGAACAACGUCCAAUCAAUCCACUUCAGUUAUUCGUUAACGCUUUGCCACCAGCCUGCACUAACGCGGAUCUUAAGAAUUUGUUCCGAUCUGCCACUGAGAUCAAAAUUCUACAACCUGGAAAGAAUCCGAAUUCGAAACGAAACGCUUUUAUCACUUUUGGAAAUGAAAAUGAUGCGAAAGCAGCUUUUGAGAAGUCCAAAGGUCUUAAAGUGCUCAACCAAACUGUUGAUGUCUAUUUUGCCCGUCAAAUGAAAACUUCGGCGGAGGUGAAGCCAAAAAUCGCGCCGAAGCCAGUUGCGGCCGUGCCAAAGAAAGCAAAAACACCAAUUGCUGAGGAUUCUGAUGACGACGACAGCGAUGAUAUCGCCUCCAGCGACGAGGGAAUUGAGGAAGUUGUUGAGGAGAAGCCAAAAGUGAAAAAGUUGGUGAAAAAGCCGGAAUCGACAAAGCCAAUCGCCCGUGUUCCUAUCAAAAAAUUGCCGAUGAAGAAGCAGCUGAAAAGCAAAAAAUAA